ACUCCUCUUAGUCGACGACCUACCUACUGAUAGGUCGGACGAUGUAGCUGUAUCUGCCCCGCCUUGAUGCUUCCCCCUCCCUUUUCGCGUGGCGCUUAUCUUGCUGGUGGGGUUACAACGUGCCAGUAUAAAGCACAUCCAAUGAUCUUGAUUUCUGUUGUGCAGUAUAUUCGAAUAGCUACGUGCCAGUGUCUUUAAAUUUCAGGUCGAGCAGGUUCUGAUACCCCAUACUGUGUCCAUAGAACCGGAAGCGGGAGCCCCUAUUUGAUAUCGUUGACUUUAUUGGUGCAUGAUCUCGAGGCUUACAUAGCUUGUGCGCUUAUCGGAACAAAGCGCCUCGCCUGAAUCUUGAACUGACUCUGUUUAUAUCAUCCUUAUAGACAAGGAUGGAGUCAGCAGCAGUGAAGAGUGAGGGAUUGGUUAUUCCUCUCAUUGACUUCUCUCGAUUCCUUGACGGAACGCCAGAACAGCGAAAGGAGACGGCUCAGGCGAUUCUUCAUGGGUUUCAGACAGCAGGUUUUGUCUACUUGAAGGGGCUUCCCAUCACCUCAGAGUAUCGCAAACAUCUGUUUGGGACUUCGGCCAAGUAUUUCAGGCUACCAAUCGACACGAAAAUGUCGCAUUGCUGGACCACCCCAGAGGCGAACCGUGGCUACUCAGCUCCUGGACGCGAAAAGACUACGACCUUGAAAGAUAUAGAGGAUGUCAAGAAGCUACGCGAUGCCGUCCCAGAUCUCAAGGAAAGCCUGGAGAUCGGCCGCGAAGGCGAAGCAGGACAUCCGAAUCACUGGCCCGUAGAGGAAGGUGAGCUUGUAGGGUUUAAAAAGACAAUGCUGGAGUUCCAUGAGAAAUGCAAGGACUUGCAUAUGGAGGUGAUGCGUGCCAUCGCUGUCGGCUUAGGCAUUGACGAACAUUGGUUCGAUAAUUUCACAGACGUCGGCGACAACACGUUGCGUUUGCUGCACUACCCCGAGGUGAAGAAAGACGCCUUCACGAUCAACCCAGGGCAGGUGCGUGCCGGUGCGCAUAGUGAUUACGGAUCUAUCACGCUGCUCUUCCAGGAUUCGAGAGGUGGCUUGCAGGUGCAGAGUCCAACGGGAGCCUUUGUCGACGCCACACCGAUAGAAGACACCUGUGUGGUGAAUGCGGGCGACCUUCUUGCACGAUGGAGCAACGAUAACAUCAAGAGCACAAUUCAUCGCGUUGUCGAGCCGCCUGCGGGUGACGGCGAUGUCUACCCUGCUCGAUAUAGCAUCGCGUAUUUCUGCAACCCGAACUUCAAGAGCCAUAUUGAGGCCAUUCCGAGCACAUAUAAGACUGAAAAGGACAGGAAGUAUCCGGGAAUCAAUAGUGGAGACUAUCUGGUCCAGAGAUUGGCAGCUACUUAUUAGUCGGGCAAAUUGUCGUCGGUACCACGUUUCUUAGGAGAACUUGAAGGUUUUUGGAUAUCUCUUUGAAGAGUUGUUACCUCCUACUUACUCAAUGAGCGAGCGAGUGAUACUAGGUAAAAACAUGGCUAGAUUCUGGCUGGAGAUGGUCAUCUGGGCAGUUUUCAGUAGGUACAUAUUACAUAUGUGGGUAUCUGUUAGUGUACUUAUAUACUAUGUACCUGUACCUGUUCUACAGUAGGGACCUUUUCAGGGAUCUGCAAUGCGCUACUCGAACGUCAUUAUAGAGGGGCUCGCUAUAACAGACGGUUACCAGGCAUAGAUUGGGUGAUAGCGGGGCUUGUCAAGUAGAUA